AUGGAGGCGGCGUCGCGAAUUCAGCAUGACCCCGCUGCGCAAAACGCAUCCCCAAAGGUAGCCAUUGCAGUCUGCGGCUGCGGCAAUGACGGACGUCUAGGUUUGGGCACGUUUGAGUCAAAAAGCCGCAUUACAGUUCUUCCCUUCUUUUUGGGGACUGUCCUGCGGGAGGGCGAUCGCGGAGCGACGGAGGAGCGUGGGGCGGGAGAAACGGUGGGAAGCAUCCGUGCGGUGCGCGUCGGCGGGUAUCACAACUUUGUCAUCACCACGACGGGUGUGUAUGGGUGGGGGCUAAACGAACACGGCCAGCUUGGUUUGGGGCGCGGCUCCGCGGCGUCUGUGCCGCUUCCCACCCGCAUCCCUUUCUUCGAUGGGGAAACCGUCAUCGACAUCCAGUGUGGCGCCUACCAUACCCUUGCAUGGACGAAGAGGGGACUUUUUGUGUGUGGCAAAAACUCUGAUGGCCAGCUUGGUCUGCCAGCGGAGGACGAUCACCACUCCUUUGCGACGCUGCUGACUGCAGCACAAGUCAACGACAGUGACGUCAGGGAGGGCGACGAAAUCGGCGGGUGUCGUCUGAUUCAACGCGGUCAGUUGACGCAUAUGAGCUGCGGAACGCACCACACGCUUCUUGCCUUUGCUGAUGUCGUGGUGGUGCGGGAGGGCAAUGACGAGAUGCAGCAACAGCAGUACCCGCUCCUCAUUGCGGCGGCAGGGAAGGGAGAUUUUGGUGAGCUUGGCUACGACGGAGACGCGUGGUCUGUGCUACGGGCGAAGGCAAAGACGAUGCAGUACGCGCUGUGUCAUGGGCUGCAGCUGCAUCAGGAGGAAAGCGAUGCGGACGCCCAUCUUAGGAUCUCUCUGCAGAAGAAAUGGAAGCCGAUGAAGCCUCGUCGAGCCCCCUUUUCCUCCUCGUGCUUCCAGCCGGUGGUCUUCCCCCUCCUUCUUGAGCAAAUGGUGACACCAUCGGGCAUGUGCUCUCGUGAAAUUGUGAGCCUUCGUGCGAUGCACCUGCAUUCCUCGGCCCUUCUGCGAGAAAAUAAAUUUACAGAGAAGGAACCUGGAGACGCAGGUCGCAUUCGAACCUUCCAUUGGGGCUGCUAUUACUGUGAUGUUCUCGAAGACGACGCCUCUUCUAUUCCGCGUGAAGAGGCGAAGGAGGGAGUAUCUCUGCACGCAGGCAAUGAGGCACUGUUCCGCUACACCACCACGCCCCCGGCCGAGGUGGAGGUGAUGGGGAGCGGCGUGCUUGGGUUGGGCGCAGAGGAUUCCUUCGUGCCCGUCUGGACCCCGUUGCCACUGCCUCACGAGGCAAAAAACCUUUCCAUCCGGGCCAUGACAGGAAGGGAGCACUACCUCAUUCUGCUGGAAAACACACUUGUUAUUGGAUUUGGUGAUAAUAUGCAUGGGCAACUCGGGAUUGGGGAGUCGGAGGAUGUCGUGCUGUGUCCCACGGUUCUUCUUCGAACUGGUGAUGAGGUAAAAAGUGCUGUGCCGUUUGCCGGGGAGUGUCGGUGGAAGAUACAGUCUAUUCGGGACGCCGCAUGUGGGGUGCGUCACUCGGUGUACCUCGUAGAGGUGUGUCGCGUAUCCUCAGCAAAUUAA